AUGUACAAGUAUGUAAAUCGCUACCUCCUCUCCCCUCCACAAGACAAUUUGGUCUUCAAGAACAUUUGCGGCCCUUCAAUAUCACAAUUGAAGGAGGAUCGUGACGACCUUGUGCGCGCAUCUACAAGUCAAUCUUCCACAAACAACUCCCUUCCAGUUCCAAACAUGCUUAGGUGUUAUCAGACACCAGGGGUCAGCCCUCAGAUCAAGGUGUAAGUCAUUCAAGCAAUCCCCCCCCCCUCACGAUCUUCGCGCUGUCUGUCGGUGACCGACUGCGCUCAAAGUGAUCAACCGACCUUUGAGCGCGAUCAGGAUCGUCUUCUACAUCUGCGCCAAAAGUACAACUUUGUCAAUGGAACAAAAACGCUGAUUCUGACGCGUUCUUCAUGGAGAAGGGUAUGUAUGAAACCUCGCCGCAUGAUCAUUGUACUACUUCCGAUCUGGCUCCCUAUCCUUCUUGUUCUGGGCCUCCUUGUCCUCUUCUAUACGACAGGCGGAAUGAAAGCUCUUAACAAGCCAAAUUAUUCCCUCAAUGGCACUGAAUUCGCAAACCACACCACGUUCUCUGCUCCAUCUCCUUUGUGUACUGCCACGAUUCCUGGAUCUACUGUCACCAAUACGUAUUGGACUACUACGACUUACAGCUUAGCCAGCAGUACCACAGCCGCGCCCGAAGCUGUCAAUGCAAGCAGUACCACUACCAUCGUUGCAAGAGCUGUUUCUGUCCCGCAAGUGAUUCUCUCUACAGACAGUUCGCAGCCAACCUCCAAUUCACUCAAGCUGCACAACAUUGCAGUUGGCUGUCGCCAGUUGCCUAACGAUACGUCGGCUAUCUCCGGUUUUCAAACACAGAUUCGACCUGGUACAUUCACUUCCUCUGCUACGGUGACCCCCACAAGUCUGGUUCCCUCCCCUACAACCACAGCACCUUACAAUGUCAGCUUCCAUCCCAUCUGA